UAUUGAAAAUUAGAAAAGGCGUAAUAAAUCAUAAAUAAAAAUAAGUAUAUCAUAUAUUGCUGUCAUUCAUUAAGCUUUUGCUCUAAAAAAUUAAAUCGUUUGAUAAAAAUUGUGUAAAUAAAUAAUAGUACUUAUCACCACAGUUAAGUGAGUAGGAGGCAAGUUUGUUAUUAGAAUGAUUCAUUUAUAAGAUUAUUAAGAAUGAUAAGCAUUUUAAAAUUCGCUCUAAUCAGUAUUACGCAACAAAGAACAAAUUUAUCAUUAAAUUGGGCGUUGUCCUGUACAAUCUAUCAGAAAAAGUAUAUGAUAUCAUAUAUGUAUUAUGUAUACGUAAUUUUUGUAAUUGAAUUUAUUUGUUUCCUCUAUUAUAAAUCUUAAGAUAUAACUAUAUAUCAAAUUUGUGUACAUAUACAUUUUUUCUACAUACAUGAAUCUAUGUAAGCAUAUGUUCAGAGCAUAGAUUAUACUGUAUUAACAUUAUCUAUCACAAUCGAUACACUAUCAUUAAAAAAUGAUAUCGAGGUACACCUGAUAAAAGAAGGACCGCGACUUGACAGUCUUUGACAGUCUCUGACAAUUUAUUGUUAUCAAAGAUGAAUCGUUGGAUACUCAUUUUCGCGGCUUUGGCUGCUGUGGCUGCGGCUAACAAUUCAGGAGAUAAGAUCAUAAUGUGUUAUUUCGGUAGUUGGGCCGUGUACCGACCUCCGGGUGGCAAAUAUGACAUCUCAUACAUUCAACCGGAACUCUGCACCCAUCUGAUCUAUUCCUUCGUCGGCAUCAAUACAGAAGGCAAUGUCGUAAUUUUGGACGCAUGGCAAGAUCUUCCCGACAAUUGGGGCAAGGACGGUUUUGGAAGAUUCAACAAGCUUCGAGAACUGAGCCCGACCACAAAGACGCUCAUCGCUAUCGGUGGAUGGAACGAGGGAUCCGCCAAGUACUCCGAUGUCGUCGCUAAUCCGACUAUUCGCGCAAGAUUUGUCAAGAACGUCGUUGAGUUUUGUCUGAAAUACAAGUUCGAUGGUUUCGACGUCGAUUGGGAGUAUCCUAAUCAGCGUGGUGGCAAGCCAGCGGACGUGCAGAACUACAUAAGCUUGCUUAAGGAACUGAGAACUGAAUUCGACAAACACGGACUUAUUCUCUCUGCUGCCGUCGCCGCUGCCGAGCCUUCGGCUUCUCUGUCCUAUGAUAUCCCGGCGAUGUCCAAGUACUUGCAUUACAUCAACAUUAUGACAUACGAUUUUCAUGGUGCUUGGGAGAAAGUAACUGGUCACAACGCUCCGCUCUAUCCACGCAAUGGCGAGUCUGGAAACGAUCUUAAACUUAAUGUCGAUGCAUCCGUUCGCUAUUGGCUGGACAGUGGUUGCCCGCGCGAGAAGCUGAUCCUUGGUGUGCCAUUCUAUGGUAGAGCGUUCACUCUCUCCGACAGUAAUCAAAACGGUCUCGGAGCUCCUAUCAAGGGACCUGGUACUGCCGGUCCGUAUACUCGUGAGGGUGGAAUGCUCGGUUACAAUGAGAUUUGCGAGUCCUUCAAACAGGGUGGAUGGACGAUUGUCCGUCAAGAAGAGCAUCGCGUCCCAUACGCUGUCAAGGGCGAUCAAUGGGUUGGCUAUGACGACGUAACUUCUCUUAUCGAGAAGACGAAUUACAUCAAAUCCAUGAAUCUCGGUGGUGGGAUGCUUUGGAGUAUCGAGACCGAUGAUUUCAAUGGCAACUGUGGUGAAAAGUAUCCUCUGCUGAAAACACUAAAUGCCGAACUGAGAGGAGGAGUCCCGCUAGAACCAACUAGACCGACAGACGCACCAAAUCCGUCUAACAAACCAACUGCACCGACAACACAACCACCAGUAACUUCGCCUCCCAACGGUAUUUGCAAAAAAGCUGGUGAUUUCGUCCGUGAUGAAAAAGACUGCAAUGUAUUCUACCUUUGCGAAGAUGGUGGCAAAAGUCACAGAAUGACUUGCCCAAGUGGACUAGUCUUCAAUACGAACACCAACACUUGCGACUAUACAGCUGCCGGAUGCAAUUAAUGAUAAUAAAAAUGUUAACAUUGUAUACACAAUUUGCUGCUAUUUAUUAUAUAGCAUUGCCAUAUAAUAAACAAACAAGUAUAUAAUUUGUA